CUAGCCCCCCACUUUACUGCUGCUGGUGAGGUCAUGGCUGUGCCGGGGAGGGAAUUAUCACGUCAUCAAGGGAUUUGGGAACAAAGUAACGACAGCAGUGCUUCCCAGUCGGAUAGGAAUCUAUGGACAAAGGCAGAAGGCAUCUGGGUAGAGUGUAGUACAUGGUUGGAGGCUGCCAACAACAACGUUUUCCGCAAGAGCAGCCAGGCUGGGUGCUGGAGCUGUGUACCCAUCUCGGACGUUUCUGCAGAAAAUGGAUCAGAUAGGAGUGAAACUUCACAUGGAUUAACUUCUGAUGGGGAGAGACGGGAGUCACUUGUGCCACGUGUAGGCCAAGCCACAAAUGUCAAGAGAAAGGCUGAAAACAUCACUCCUAGUACCGCUGCACUCCCGUCAUCCAGGGACAGACAUCAUGUGCCAGCAGACCUGAACGGUUCCCAUCAAUGGAAAGCUACAGAGAGAAGGCCAAAGCAGAAGGACAGAAUAUUCUCAGAAGUGAAGACUGCAGAGACGUGUUCCACUGGGAAAGACUGGAGCAUAUAUAAACCUUCUAAAAAUGACAGUGGUACAGCCAGCAAUGGGACAGUAGAUGGCAGAGAUGACUGUUUGGUCCAUGAGAUCAGUACAGGAAGUACUUCAGUCAAAGCCUGCAUAGAUCUCUUCAAUAGGAUAGCAGGAGAUGAAAAACAGCAUCCACAAAUCCAACUGCAAAAACCAUACAGUACAUGGAACUCUGGAUGGAACAACAGUAAUAAAAGGACUGAACGCUGCAUACAGGUAAACCGGAUAGAGAACAAUUCUUUUUACUGUUCUUCCGCAAAAAACACUGAUAUUCUUCUGUCCAACCCCAUCAAUGUGAAGAAAAGGCCAGAUCGUAAAACAGGCAGCAAGAUAUACGACAGAACGUUGAGCACAGACUCCUUUCCGGAAGAGACCAGUCUAAAGAAGGGAAAUCCUGGUAAUCACUCUUUUUCAGAGUUAGGCAGGAAAAGUAACACUAACAGUGUUGAGAUCUAUCAUAAGGAAAGAUUUGUCCAACUGAAACCAGAAUCUGAUAUUGGAUUUGGCACACAACAGCCUCACAAAGAUUCCAGAGCAGAAGGGGUAACCACAGUCAGACAGUCUUCUCCACUUGAACCUGACCUCGGGUACACCAUUGCAGACUAUAGACAGGCCCAGCGACAGUUUUCCAGAAUGAACGGGGGGAAGCAGCGGCGGAUCCAGCAGGCACUGUUCAUGAACGGCCACACCAGUAACAUCCUGGAGAGCAUGGUGGGGGUGGGGGACAUGGUGCUGCUGGACCCUCUCACUGAGGAGGCCUGCAUCAACAACAUCAAGAGGAGAUUUUACGCUGAAGACAUUUAUACAUACAUUGGGCAGGUUGUGGUGUCAGUCAACCCGUACAAAAAGGUUCCCCUGUUCAGUCCCAGCACCAUUCAGACUUACCGGGGCAGGAAUCUGUAUGAGCUUCCACCACACAUAUAUGCUAUAGCUGAUGAUGCCUACAGGUCCAUGCGAGACAGAAACAGGGACCAGUGUGUGAUUAUUACAGGGGAGAGUGGUGCAGGCAAAACAGAGGCGAGUAAGAUAGUAAUGCAGUAUGUAGCUGCAGUGUGUGGGAAAGGUGAGGAGGUGGACAGAGUUAAGGAGCAGUUGCUGCAGUCUAACCCUGUGUUAGAAGCUUUUGGCAAUGCAAAAACCCUCAGGAAUGACAACUCUUCCAGAUUUGGAAAGUACAUGGAUAUAGAAUUUGAUUUCAAGGGGGACCCCAUAGGAGGUGUUAUUACAAACUACUUGUUAGAAAAGUCUCGUGUAGUUAGGCAAACAGAAGGAGAGAGAAACUUCCACAUUUUCUACCAAUUGUUACAAGGAGCACCACAGAGUCUACUAAAUAAGCUGCGACUGUCCAGUAUGUGUGAGAAGUAUGGGUAUCUAAAGCAGAGCCACUGUGUGGUUGUGGACACUAUUGAUGAUGCAGCCAACUUCCAAGUUACAGAGAAUGCCAUGAGAGUUAUAGGCUUCACAGAAACUGAGAUCCAGCAGGUGUUUGAGGUGGUGGCAGCUGUGCUGAAGCUAGGCAAUGCUGACUUUGAGUCUUACAUCUCCUUCAAUGGCACAGAGGCCUGCAGUCUUACCAACGAACAAGCCAUUGAAGAAGUGUGUAAGAUGAUCCAAUGUGACCCAGAGCAGCUGAAGCAGGCACUGACUAACCGUACCAUGGACAUCUGUAUCACCGGGCUGUCCGAGAGGGUGGUGUCUACUCUCAGCUCGGGACAGGCCGUGUAUGCCAGAGACGCCCUGUGUAAGGCCAUGUACUCAAGACUCUUCUCAUGGCUGGUGGGCAGGAUAAAUGACAGCAUCAAGGUUCGCACAAGAGGAAAGAAAAAGGUCAUGGGAGUUUUGGACAUAUAUGGGUUUGAAGUCUUUGAGAAGGAUAACAAUUUUGAACAGUUUGUCAUCAACUAUUGCAAUGAGAAGCUGCAGCAGAUCUUUAUUGAACUGACACUAAAGGAAGAGCAGGAUGAGUAUGUACAGGAGGGUAUUGAGUGGACCCACAUUGAUUACUUCAACAACUCUGUCAUCUGCCAGCUCAUAGAAAAGAAAAACACAGGGAUCCUGGCCAUCCUGGAUGAGGAGUGCCUUAUUGGUGGGAAUGCCUCAGACCACAGCUUCCUGAACAAGCUGAACGAAGUGUGCAUCAGACAUGAGCACUAUGAGAGCAGGAAGAAGAAGAGCUGUCGAUCUGACAAGACCCUCCCGUAUGACUGCUUCAGACUCAGGCACUAUGCUGGAAGCGUAACCUACAAUGUCCAGGGCUUCCUUGAUAAGAACAACGACACUCUGUUCCGUGGUUUGUCUCAGACGAUGUUCGGUUGUGACCAUCAACUGGUCAAGAAGCUCUUCCCUGAUGGUAACCCAAGAAGACAGACCAAGAAAAGACCCCCAACAGCAGGAACACAGUUUAAGAACUCUGUAGCAGAGCUGAUGAAGAACCUUCUAGCAAAGAACCCCAACUACAUCAGGUGUAUCAAGCCCAAUGAUGUGAAGAGCCCAAACCUGUUUGAUGACUCAGUGGUCAGACACCAAGUCAGAUAUCUUGGAUUGAUGGAGAAUGUGAGAGUAAGGCGUGCCGGGUACGCCUUCCGGCAGCCAUACGAUCAGUGUUUGCAGCGCUACAAGAUGCUGUGCCCGAACACGUGGCCCAACUGGCAUGGACACCCCAAGGAAGGCCUGCAAGUGCUCCUGACCCACCUCCGUGUCAAACCUACAGAGUAUGCCAAAGGGCGGACAAAGCUUUUUAUCCGCAACCCCAGAACGCUGUUUGACCUUGAGGAGAGAAGAAGAGACAAGAUGGAGGACCUGGCUAUCAUCAUCCAGAAGGUGUUCCGAGGCUGGCGUCAGUGGAAACUGUACCAGGCCAUGAGAGCCAGUCAGAUCGUUAUCUCUGCACAGUUCCGAGGUUACAGGCAAAGGAAGUCCUACCAGCUGCAGAGAAGCUCUGCCAUCACCAUCGCUGCCUUCUUUCGAGGAUGGAAGGCUCGCCAGCUCUACAAGCAGAUGAAGUAUGAGAAACUUUGCAUUUGGUCCGUCGGAAUCAUUCGCAAAUACUUCUUGGGUUGGCAAGCAAGGAAGCUCUGCAGGCAGCUUAGGCAUGAGAAACGCUGCAUUUGGGCUGCCAAUGUCAUUCGUGCUUACUACAUUGGGUGGAAAGUACGGAAGGAGUACAGGAAACGUUUCCGAGCCAAUGCUGCCCCUAAGAUUGUCAGCUUCCUGAGAAACUGUGUGAGGAGAAAGUACCUGCUGUUCCUGCAUUCCAGACUGGCGGCCCUGCCACGGUCCCUCCUGAGCAAGGAGUGGCCCAGGUCCCCCCUCAUCUGUCACACCACCAACAAACACCUCAGGAGGAUCUACCAUGGCUGGAGGUGUCGGAAGUACCGUGAGAUGCUGGAUGAGGAGACCCGGCGGAUCAUGAGGGAGAAACUGAGUGCGAGUGAGAUCUUCAGGGGCAGGAAGACACUCUAUCCUGAGACUGUUCCAAGACCUUUCAAGGGAGACUAUGUUCAGCUCCGUCAGAAUGUGAAUUGGCGCCGACUGACCGAAACAACCGGAGAGAGCGAGGUGUACUUUUCGGACAUCGUGUACAAAAUUAACCGCUCCAACGCCAAGGACAGUUUGCGGCUGAUGGUGCUGUGUGACACCUCCAUGCUGAUCGUGAACCAGAAAACUCUGGCUAUAAAGUACAGACUGCCGGUCACAGAGGUUGCAGGUAUCUCAGUAAGUCCGUAUAUGGACAAUCUGUUUGUGAUCCACAUCAACCAGACUGGUGAGGAGGCCAGCAGGAAGGGAGAUUUUGUGUUCCACAGCGAGCAUCUGGUGGAGAUAGUCAGCAAACUGAGGGACCAAGCCGAGCGGGCCAAGGGAGCACAAGUACCAGUCAGAAUAUCCAACACGUUCAAUGCCCAGUUCAAUGGGAAGGGAAUCCAGGUGGAGUUUGUGGAGACUGGCCUGAACGGGAAGAUGCCUGUGUGUAAGCGCAAAGAUGACCAGCUGGACGUCCUGGUAUGAGAGGACCCCGGACCUACCGCCCAAUGUAUGUCGUAAAAGUGCCUGUACAAGCUGACAACUUUUCCAAAUAAAUAGUAAAGGUAGUGUACAAUGUAUAUUUGCUAGUACAUGUAGGUAGAGAUUUUGUAUGUUAGUAUACAUGUGAAUUGUUAGAUGUAAGUGUUAACAGAUGGUUACAGAUAGGAAAUAAUUGUAAUAGCCCUUAAUGAUGCUGGACUAGGACCAGACAUUCUAUUUAAUGUUACAUGUUGAUAUUUAGGUACUUAAUCUGUGCUGCAGCUCUACUGUGUGUAAUAUGCCAAGUUUUUUUUUUUUUUCAAUGCUUCUUGGGUGGAGCCUGUGGGGUCUGAUUGUAUUCAAUAUGCAAAAAUUCAUACAAUAUGCAUAUUAUGUUACAGACUGUAUGUCAUGAUUGAAAUAAUUGAAUACUCAUAAUGCAACCCAGAAGUUAUCUUGCAGAAUUAAAUGGUAAUUUCAUAAAUCCUAGUGUUCCAUGAUAGGACUGUCAAACUUGUGUCAUAUUACUGAGAAAAAAAAGGAAAAUGUAAUUCCUCAGCGGUAAAUGAUGGAAUUUCUCCUUACAAGCAUUAUGGAAAUAAGGUUAACAUCAGUCAUAACCAUUGUAGUUUUUUUAGAUUACCACACUUAUUGUAGUGUGAUUAAUGAGAAAUGCUUAUAUUUCACAAUUAUAAUUGCUAGAAAAUGAAAUACUGUGCUACUGAUAUGGGAAAGAUUUUUUCACACCAAUUUGGCCCUGUAAUUUGUUUGAAAUAUUACCGAAUGUAUAAGACAUCCAAUAGCAUUUUUGUAUGAUAUUAAAACGUUUCCUUUUUUAACCAUCUACAAAUUAUUAUUUUUGUGGAUAAGCAAAGUCUUUACAUAGGAAGAAACGUCUGAUAUUGAUUGUACCAAAAUUUGAAAAUGUCUACUGGGCAGUUUUAGUUUUAGCUUUGUGGUGCAUUAAGAAAUCUUCAUGAUGUUUCUUCAGGUAUUAUUUGAAAAGCUGUAAGUUUGACUGUUAUGAAAAGUUCAGGGACUUAAGUUUACAAAUUAUGGUUGGCAGUUCCAGAUCAGUAAAAUUAUGUAUGGGUUUUGAUAAAGGAACAGGUAAGAAUCAUAUGGCACUUCCAGGUUGGCAAAUUAAGAUGAAGACAUGUGCUUUUCUAAUACAUACUUAGUAAUUAUAUAAUGGUAUGCUCUGUAUACUUACUAUGCAAUAGUUCACUUCACUGGGAACCUUUACUAUUAAUGUCUUACUUUCAUACAGUAUUCAACUCUUUGCUAUAUUUUCAAUCUUGGUAACGUUAUUCAAGAAAUUGUUUUUUCCAUACAAAUGACAUACAGAACUCCUGUCACAAAUGAUGUAUAUGGUCUCCACUGUAAGUCCUGAUAGUACAUAAUUUGUGCUUAUGUCAAAAUUUCCUGAUUACAUGUAGAAGUAACUACUGUUCAAUGAACAGAGAUGUUUAGCUAUAAUUAAAUAUCAUUGGACAUUAAAUCGCACAAAGCAUAUUCUAGUUUUUUAUUCCUGCAGAAAGGUAAUCAAGAUAAUUUCUGCUUGUGUCAUCAAAGUAAGGCUUGCUUUUCUCAAGCAAUUUUGUUGUGUAUAUAUAUACCUAUAAUUUUAUGAUAAUCUCUGCUGCAAAUGCAUAACAGUCCGACUAUGCUAAUAUAAGUUUUCAUAUGAUAAUUGUUCAGCAUAGAGGUCAAUGUACUUAGAGCGAGUCAGCCAGUACAAUAAGACUGUAAUUCUUAGAAUGGAAAGGAGUGGAGUACAAGAGAAAGCAAGUAUUUGAUUUUCUGAUGUGUCUUGAAUGCCAAAAGCCUCUAAUUUGAUAUGUAUGGUCAUGUGUUCAGUACAAUAAGAUCACAAUGUGGAACCACCCUGUGGUGUCGAACAUGUGCCAUCAUACAGUCAUGGUACCAGUAUAGACGCUCCCUUAGCCCUGUCCACAUCUGUCAAAAUGUACAAAUGCAAAGUAAGACUAUAGAAAUGCAAACUUUUGAUGGACAUGCAGCCACUCUUUCAUUGGUCGAACUGCUAAUUGCCAUGCUACCAUUGGUUGAGCUGCUAAUGGUGAUAGACAGUCAGGAUCGGUCUAUUGAGUGAACAAUGGGAAAGAAAACACACAACAGCAAAAUGUCUGACCUGUAAUACUGUUAUGAUAUGUUCACUUAAUCUGCCACAGAAGUCGACAAAUUCAGAUUGGUAAUAUGGCAAAUUUCAGUCAGGAAAUUAGUUUUGGAGUUCCAGUUUUACUGUGUUUAUGUACUUAGUAAUACGUGUUUUGUAUUCUAUCCACACAUCAGUUUUGUAUUCCACCAGUUUUGUAGUUUAUCCAUGCAUGGUUUUAUGAUAUUAUCACAAACAUUUUUAAUUGGAAAUUGCUACGAUCUGUAUAAUCUGAGGCAUGUUGACUUAAAAGUGAUAACACAACAAUGGUACUUUGCCUACCAUGCAGAAUUUUAGAUACAGUUUUAUCACUGUCUAUGUUAGUUAUGAUCUUAAUCAACUGACAUCAUAUGCAAUGUUGAAGUCACCCUGCCAUAUAUACAUGUACAUGCAGAUUAGGAAUAUCACCUAAAACUUUGUUUCAGUAUUUCUGUAUAUACUAGACUUGUUCAUGAAGGAAAUGUUACCAUAAUAGACAUACAUUUGUAUCUACAUAUAUCUCUAAAGUAUUAUUUCUCCCCUGUAUUGCUAGAUAUACAUCUUAAAGUAGGAGUGCCAAGUGUUACAUUUCUGUGUUUUUUUGUUGUUGUGGUUUAAUCAGGUAAUGGGCCUUCAUUUUUCUAUUAUUGCAAUAUUGAAUAAUGGUGAUUUGCUACAUUACUGGCUAUAUACAUAAAAUACUUAUGUAACUGUGACUAUAUGAUAUUCUAAACAGAAAUGAUACAAACAUUACAGUAUGAUUACAAUUAUUUGAUAUCUGUUGGGUGAAGGUAUGGAUUAGAACAAGGCAACACAUUAUAGAACCAUAAUUAGAUAUGAUGAUUGUAAUUGUUGUGUCCAGUCUUUGAUAUGGACUCAUGUUGGCCAUGAUGAAUAAAAUCUUUGCAAAUAUGA